CACCGGCUAUUUCACUAGGACAUGCAAAAAACAGGCACAGAUGUGGUGGACGCUACCAGUAACUAUUAUUUGGUUUUAAAAAGUUUUCAUUUGGCAUGCAUACAGUGUGCCUCCUUCGAGAAGAAGCAGUGCAGGAGAUGGAAGCCGAGAAGGGAAAUGGACCCAAAAAUGGAGGAAUAUCAAAAAGAGAAGAUACUGGAAGUAGAGGAAGAAGAAGAUCAGGGCUCAGAGAGAAGUGUGCUUGAAGAACUACAAGAGCUUGAGGAAACGCUGCCCGAUGCAGAUGCUUCUUCAGUACACUCACCCCUGUGGGUGAGAGCCCUACAGCCUGAUCCAUUGUGCUGUCCUGCAUCUUACAAGAAGCACUCGCCUCAGGAACGGCACCUGCUGAAAAUGGCACACAACUUCCACUGUCAGUACGCCCACUUGUACCCCAUCCGCAAACAUCUACUGCUGUACCCACUCAACGAGUGUGGGGUCCAGAAGUUUGUCAGUACCACCCUACGGCCCGCCCUCCUGCCGUACCCUGAGCUCUACACCUGGGAUGGGUGCUCCAGCUUGGUGUCGGACUUUUUGGCCCUGUUGCCUCUUGAUCCCCCAUUUGACCUGCCUACACAUCUCUAUUCCCCAACCUGGGUCCUAAAAACCCGAAGAGGCAGCUGCUUCGACUUUGCCACACUGCUCUGUUCCCUUUUGCUGGGUGCUGGCUAUGACGCUUACUGUGUCAGUGGCUAUGCUGUGAAGGAGAUGUGUUUGCUCAACCAGUCAUGCCAAGAGUGCCCCCUGCUGGUCAUGCAAGACAAGGAGAAAAUGUUGGAACAGAAGACCCCUUUGAAAAAGUACAGCGUGAAACCUCGCCGAGAUCUCAGUAGCAGGUUCAGAGAGCAGCGGCAGAGCCAGCGGCAGGCUGACACGCAGGUCGCCUUUGCCAGCCGGCAGCAGGAUGAGCAGAGGCUGCAGGAGAGUGAGCACCCUGUGGACCGCUUUAUGGGCCACUGGGUGCACUGCUGGGUUCUGGUGCUGUCCGGCAGCCGGGAGGUUCCAGAGAACUUCUUCAUUGACCCACUUACCGGGCGGAGCUACCCUACCACUGACAAGCAGUUCCUGGGUGUGGAAAGCAUCUGGAACCACCAGAACUAUUGGGUCAACAUACAGGAGUGCCGCUCUGGCUGCGUGGAGAUGACCUUUGACCUGGGGGAUGCAGUCAAGUGGGAGUCUCUGCUGUGUUGCCUCCCAGUACAGCCCCAGCUGCUGCUUCCUGACCCAAAGGAUCCUGAGAAUGAGUACAGUGAUGAGGAAGAGGAGGACCUUAAAGUAUUUGAAAUGCCUCCAUCUUGGGUGAAAAGAAUUGAGAUUUCUCAGCAAGACAUGGAGAUGAGGUGCCCUACUGGGAUAAAGGUGAUCCAGUACCGCAAAGCCAAGCUGGAGAAGGUCGCACCCUACCUCCUCAAGGACGGUCUGGUGAUGCGACUGACCACCUACAAAGACCUGGACUGCACCGAGCCAAUUACCGUAAAAGAAUGGUUCCAGCAUCGCCAAGAUUACUUGGAGGAGCGUGAGCUAAACAGAAUCACCAAUGUGACACUGGAGCGUUUUGGACCCGGAAGGAGCCAGGCCCUUAAAACCCACAGGCAUGUGACGCUGCUCCAGGGGCAGGAGCAUGACAUGGAGUUUUACAGCCACAGCCGUGUGGAUGGGCUGGCCAAGCGAGGGGAGCGACCCACUGACAUAACCGAGAGCUUCGAAGGACGCACAGACUUCUUGUACCACAGACACAUCAUCUUCGGCAAAGCUCCAGAGCCUGGAGGGACCGCUAGCCGAGAACAGUGCCCCAUACUGAAGGUGGUGGAGCGGUUUGGCAGAGACUGCUCAAAGCCAGCUGGCGAAGACGUGGCCGAGCGCGUCUUCCUGACUGCAGAGGGCCUCAUCCAAGUGACCUACCACCUGGAGGACGACCGCAUCAUCCCCACACAGCGCAGCUUUGCCAAGUUCCAAGAGUGGCCCCCAUCCCAGAGGCAGCCGGUUUUCAGCCCCGACAUGGUCUCCACCUUCCUGGUGGACCCAUCUGAGAAGCCAUGUACGAACCUGUCUCUGUACAACAUGCUGGUGUCUCUGAUGAAAGAGGAGGACAGGGUAACACAGGAGAUCAGGAGCUCGUUAAAAGAGGUCAGAGACAUCCUUGCACUCCGCAAGAAGGAGGAGAGUAACUGUGAGCUCCGGAUCUCCAUCUAUAGCACAGCCUGGAGUGAGAAAGCUCGUCGCUACAGGGAGGAACUGGAGCGUGUAGCUAAUGAGGAGCGCUUGUGGAAGGAGAGGAAGGGGGUGGAUGAACUGGCGCCACUUUUGGCUAAAUUGGGGAACCCCGAGCAUCUGCCGCGUGAGGAGGCAGAGCAACUGAGGAAGGAUUGCCUGGCCAGCCUGAAGGAGCAGCUGGUCUACAGAGCCAAUUUGAUGCAGGAGCGCUUCCAGAAGGAGACCCAGCAGCUGCGGCUAAAACAGCAGUGGUACCAGCAGAACCAGCUGUCCAUCACCCAAGAGGAGAAGGAUGCCUACAUGUCGUACUGUUCCAGUGCCGUGCUGCGCAUCAAAGCGCUGAAGCUGCGCCUCAGCAGGCAUAAAGACUACGCCCUGCAGAAGUACCUGAUGCUGGACGAGAAGCUGAGAAGAGAUCCCAGACUUAGCAAACAUCUGUGCUGAUACGUGGGAACACUUUAGCUUCUCCUACCCUGAUAACACAAAGUCACACAUAUACAAACCUGUCAGUUGCACUGGAUCCAUAACAGCUAAUUUGGGCUGGAAAUUAAAAGUUGAUUAAAAGUUUAUUCAUAAUAAUAAUGAUGAUGAUAAUAACAAUAAUCAUAAUAAGGGCUCCCUGCCAUGAGUUGGCGCCCCAUCCUGGGAUAUUCCCUGCCUUGCACCCAUAGCUUCUGGACUAGGCCCUGGACGCCUGUAACCCUGUACAGGACAAGUGGGUAUGGAAAAUGGAUGGAUGGAUAAUAGGGCAGCACGGUGGUACAGUGGUGCUGCAUAUUUCUGGAGUCUACGGUCAAGUCGCGGCCCUGGCUCUAUGUGUGUCGCAAGUUUUAUUUGUUUCAUACACUGUAACACUGUAGUGAAGCAUUUUCUGGAAUGUGCUUUAAGGAUGCAUGCAAUUCAAAGGAAAAUAAAAGCAUGAAAUAACAA